AUGGGCAUUGAGCCCUAUGAAAGGAAUGGUGACUCUGUUAUUACAGUGCAGCUGACUGAGGAAGAUAAAGUUGAAGAUGAUGUAGUUUUUUAUUUAGUCUUCACUGGAUCAACUGUCCAACACUGCACAAGCACGAGAAAGAUUAAUCCUGGGAGUCUCGAGACAAUUUCUCCUGGCCAUGACUGCUGUGAGACAGUGAAGGUGGCACUUUGUGCCUCUAGAGAAGGUCACCCCGUUCUGGUUGUGGCAGAGGAGAGUUUCCAGUUUGUCCAGGACGAAGCCUACGAUGCUGCCCAGUUUCUGGCCACCUGUGCUGGCAACCAGCAGGCGCUGAACUUCACACGGUUCUUGGACAGGUCACGGCCACCUGCUGCAGACGUGGACUUCUUGGAUGAGAAAGUGGCCUUGGCAUUUCGACACCUGAAGCUGCCAGCAGAAUGGAACGUGCUGGGAGCAGACCAGGCCCUGAGCGAGAACAUCCCUCGGGAGACACUGAUGCAUUUUGCGGUCAGGCUGGGUCUGCUGCGCCUGACGUGGUUUCUGCUCCAGCAGCCGGGUGGAAGAGGAGCUCUCAGCAUCCACAACAACGAAGGGGCAACGCCCGUCAGCCUGGCCUUGGAGAGGGGCUACCAGAAGCUGCACCAGCUUUUGACAGAGGAGGGAGCCAGGGAGCCGGACUCGUGGAGCACCCUGUCUCACACGGUGCACUCGGGGGACUACAGCGUGAAGCACCACCGCGGGCUGGACGUGUACCUGCUGACAGCUGAGGCCACGGAGGGGACAGCAGCCAGCUGGGAGAGGGACAUCCAGCACCUGCAGAUGCACAUGCAGAGCCACCAGCACCAGAGUUUAAGGCAGCAGACAGAGCCUGUACUGGGAGAUUCUGGAGACAGCUGUAGUAAAGGAGCAGAGGGUCAUAUGACCACCACCUCUCAGAGCCUAGAAGAAAUGGCAAAAGAAGAAAGGCAAGAAAACCCAUCUGAUCUGGUUCACCUGGACAUCAGGCAGCUCUCAGACCAAACCCAGCAGGAGGAGAAAUGCAACAGCAGCAGUCUGGGAGCUUUUAAUGAUGCACCAGAAGACACGGUUAGCCCAGGGGGUGCGAACAGCCCAGCCAGCUUCUGUGAAAGUAAAAACACAGAGAUAUUGUGCAAAAAGGAAGGAGAGGCGGGGCUAAGAUCUGCGGAGGGCUCUGGGACCGUAUCUGAUGAGGACUGCACUGUGAGCCCGUGUGCAAGUGUAAAUGGUGCUGUAAACCUUCCAUGCUCUGGAAAUACAAAUGAGGAGGCUGGAAUGACAUCGGCUGGAGUUGUUCUGGAUCAGGCUGGCGUGAGCAGCACAGACAGUGCCCAUCAGGAAGUGCAAACUGCUGAGGAGCUUGCUGCCAGUGCUGCUGCUGUGGCUGCAGCUGCAGGUGAAGCCCCAGCUCCCUCGGAGGGCCUGGAUGUGGCCAUGGGCCAGACUGAGUGCAGGAACUGUGCCGGGGCACCUGAGAGGGCUAAGGGCCAGCGGCAGGCAGAGGAUGGGCUGGCAGAGCCUGCUGAGAGGACUGCAAGGCUGAAAGAGAAACACCCAGCUAAGGAAGAGUCAUCCAGCACUGCUCAGCCCUUACUCAGUGGUUUCAAUGGCACUGAGUGUUCGGAUGGGGAGGAUGCAAAUGUGGGAGUGGUACCAGCCUGUGACGGUGCAAAUGCAGGUGGUGACAUUGGCAGUGUCUCUGUUGACCUUUGCAAGACCAGCAGUAACAAAGAGACUGAUGUGGAGUCGUGCACUGCUCAGGUAAAUGGUGACUUCAUGGAAAGCCGGGGUGAUGGCAGUGUCACAGCGAGGCAGGAGGUCACUGCAAGCACUGCAGAAGCACUGCCAGCAGUGAAUGGGGUGAAGGUUCCUGCAUGCACAUCAAAACCUGCUGCUGGUUUGGAAGUCCCUGGCAGCAGUGAGAGUGGGGAGCAAGAAGGGCUGGUGGAAGCAGGCUGCACAGAUGGAAAAUCCAGCCUGCCCUCACUGGAAGACAGUGUGGAAACUGACGGCCCUGAUGCUGAACCUGCAAACGGAGAUGUUGGUGUAUCUAAUGAAGGUUGUGUGGAAGCUGCACAUUGCCAGAAGAGUGGUGAGAUCGCUGACCCUGGGGCUGCAGCCAUGGAGAGCAGUGAAAAGGAGCCAGUAGGAACUGAUACCAGCAGCUGCAGAGAUGGAGGAAGCACAGAUUCUGCAGGCGGUGGCCAGGAAGUUGCUGCCUGUGCCCCUUCUGCUGCUCAAACUGGUGUUAAAGGUGAAAUGGGCAACAGCUCCAAACCAGACACUGCUCAGCAGGGUGAACGUGAGGAACGUGAGCCUGCAUCGCUCCCUCCAGAGGAUGUGAGUGCAGGCCUGGCAGAGAAAGAGCCUGCCCAGGCUGGAGCAGAGAAAGCAGAAAACACUUCAGAGCAGGAGGGGAGGAGCAGCAAGGUGGAAUCUCCCCUACCCAGAGGAGAGGGGCCAGCUGUGAGUCAGGAGGGAGAUGCUGCAGUGGCACCUCCCGGGCAGGAGGCAGCUCUGCAAGGUAAUGACCCUGGAUCAGCUCCAUGUGCCAAGGGCUCAGACUGUGCCGAGGAUAAUUUAAUAGGCACACCCUCUGCAACUCAUAAUGAGGAAUCUAAACAAAACCAGGAAGCGGUGGCGGCGAGGGCAGGCUCGGCAGAGCUCGCCUGGCAGCACGGUGAGGAGCAUGCUGGGGUAGCUGCCACCUGGCCUGGGGACCAUGCUGGGGACAAGGGCUCCUCAGGGCAGGGCCACUCGCAGCAAGCUGAAGGAGGCAAAGGUGAGCCUGAGCAGGAGGCUCAUGUGAAUGGCAAUGAGCAGGUUUUGUCAGAGGAACUUCUUGCUGCUGUUGUGAAACCUCCCUCCUGCAGUCUGGAGGGGCCUGUGGUGGGCAGCAGCAGUGUGGAUGCUGGGCUGAAAGCGACACACCAACCCAAAGAAGAUUGCAAGGCUGCAGUUGCAGCAGAAGGCACCAUGCAUGGACCUGCAUCAGCAGAUGAGCCACUGUGUGCAGAGAGUGACCCUUGUCCGAAUGCUGGGCUGAACCAAGAACAAGACCCCGCUCAAACCCUACAACAAAUCUGCCCCCACAGCAGCACUCACGAGUUAAAGGACGCCUCAGAGGUGGGAGCUCUGAGUGACACCUGUGAGGGUAAGGAGGUGCCAAGGCAGGCGACAAUAGCCCCAGUUGCAGCGUUUGCAGAGCAGCAGGAGGACACAGAGAGCGUGCUGCCCCGGGCAGCGCUCCAGCCCAUCGCAGAGGAGCCCACGUGUGACAGUGACUCCAGCACUGACACCGUCUGUCCAGCUGGGGACAGUGACACUGCCCUGGCAGGGGCUCAGGGGGAGGGCUUGGCUGAGCCCCAUGGAAAGCAAAGCCGAGCUGUACCUGCAGCGCCCUUCUCGCCGUGUUCCUGCCACCUGCAGCCUGUGCAGUCACUGGAAAAUGUGGGAGUGAAGAGUUUGGUAUCGGCUAAUGGUGCCUCUUCUCUGGAUAAAGUUCCCAAAAUGGUGAAAAGUUUUGAUGCAGUGGUUUUUGCAGCAGACACACCUUGUUCCCCCGAAGUAUCUGCCGCAGAAAAAGUGGGGCUUGAGCCCCAGACUGCUGUGGAUGCCAGAGCCAGCCUUAAUGGACAAAUGGAUUGCAGUUCCUCGGCAAAGAAGAAGAAUGUCAGCCUGGCAGUGCAAGGAGCUGAGCCUGUUACAGGGAUGUUGGAAAUGAAAACUGAGGACGAGGUGGAUUUUCAGAAGGACGGCGCACAGGAAGUGAUAAACCGUGGGAGCUGGUGUCCGCUGGAGCCAUGUCCUGACCCCUCCCUGCUGGAGCGCAAGCGCACGCGGGAGUCUCCAGAAUGUGAGAACUUCUUGGAGGAUGGGCUGAGCAGUGUCUGUGCCUCGUCACAGGGUGCUCUUAAAAGAGAGUCUGGGAGUGAGUCUGACCUUUUCCCCUUGCCUGGUGAUGGGAUGGAAGACCUUGUCUUUGGGAAGCAGCCUGAAGAGGAGCAGUCUGCCUGCGAUGUCACCAGCUCCAGCUCCUCUGCAGAUGACACCAUGUCCCUGGAGAGGAACUCAUCCCUGGGCAGCGACACGUCCCUGCCCUUCCCACCCGUGGGGAGCUUCCCCCAGCCCAAGGACAGGCACAGCCUGGAUGGCAGCUGCACCAACAUGGUGUCCUCAGAGGGAGGAGAGAAGGAAGAGGAGCUGGACAGCAUCACAGAUGUGCCCACGCCUUCGUCCGUCCUGCGCAGCUCCAUGCGGCCGCUGUCCCCUUUCCGCCGGCACAGCUGGGGGCCGGGCAAGAAUGCCACCAACGAGGCAGAAAUCAAUCAGAGGAGUUCAAUGCGAAUUCUGGGGGAUGGUAUAAAGAAGCCUCCCAUUCAUAGGAGAAGUUUGAGCUGGUGUCCCUCAGGCGUACAGUACAUUGCCAUGGGUCCUGACUUUACUUGUAGAAGUUACAGCCUAGAAGGCCUUACUGGAGACUCUGGUGAGAACAAGAAGCCCUCUACAAACCUAGAGGCUUCUUCCCUGAGCUCCAAAGACCUCAGGAGGAGUCCACUUGCCAGCAAUCAGUCCCUGGUCCUGCUCACUGAGGAGCUCGAGCAAGGAGAAAUCAGAGACUACAACCACCAGGUGCAUCAGACAUCACAGCCACAAGGAUUUAACUUCUGCUCUUCUGCUGCUUCAUCUCCACUGACCAAAUCCAUGUCUCUAAUGUCAAUUAGCAAACCAGUGCUCGACACCCAGGGCCGGACUCGACCAUCGAGACGAAUCUCCUUCUCCUUCAGCAUCUCUCCACUCAUUCCUAAGUCUAAAACUCUCUUUUCUAUUGGCUCUUCUUCCAGUGAUGAGGAGGAGGAGUUGGAUAGUACACAGUCGUUGGGCAGCUCCAUGGGCUCCUCAGUGCAGAGCAUAUCUGAAGAGAGCAGCAGUGUCUCUGCUGGCAAAGGUGUAACAAAAGUCAGCCGCACCUUCAGCUACCUCAGGAAUAAAAUGUCCAGCAGCAAGAAGAGCAAAGAAAAAGAGAAAGAUAAAGAGAAGACUAAAGAGAAGGACAAAGAUUCCAAGGAGAAGGAAAAAGAUAAGAAGCUGUUGAAUGGACAUCUCUUCACUGCAACCUCCGUUGUAGCCCAAGCAACCUGUUACCACUGUAUGAAGCCUUUCAAUAAGGAUUCGUACUACUGUGCAAACUGUAAUGCAAUUGUUCACAAAGGCUGUAAGGAGAAUUUUGCUUCUUGUGCAAAGGUCAAAAUGAAGCCACAGAGAGGGAUGCUGCAGGCACACGAUACCUCUUCAUUACCUACAGUAACCAUGAGAAACAAAAGCUCGCAGCCCAAGGAGCGGCCGCGCUCCGCGAUCCUCGCGCCUGACGAGAGCACCGUCACCUCCAGCUUCGGCAACAGGAGAUCACAGCAGCCCUCUGCACUCUCCAAAAGUGUCUCCAUACAGAACAUUGCAGGAGUUGGGAAUGAUGACAGCUUAAUACACACUUGGAAAUUCCUGUCGCAGUCAACAGACUCUUUACAUAAAAUCAGCCGGGUUAAUGAAUCCAUGGAGUCGCUGGUUGAUGAAGGUGCAGACAUGAAUGAAGGACAGCUCAUGGGAGACCUGGAAUUAGAUUCCAAGCAGUUGGAGGCAGAGUCCUGGAGCCAAGUAGUGGACAGCAAGUUCCUACAGCAGCAAUACAAAGAUGUUGUCAAGCGGCAAGAUGUGAUUUAUGAGCUGAUGCAGACAGAAAUGCACCACGUCCGCACCCUGAAGAUCAUGAACGAUGUGUACAGUGCAGGCAUGUUGAAGGAACUGCAAUACGAUCAGCAAGCCGUGGACAAGCUCUUUCCCUGCCUGGAAAACUUGCUGCACAUCCACAGUCAGUUUUUCCAGCGGAUUCUGGAAAGGAAGAAGGAGUCACUGGCAGACAAAAGUGAAAAGAACUUUGUUAUCAGGAGGAUAGGUGACAUCCUAGUGAAUCAAUUCUCUGGGGAGAACGCUGAGCGAAUGAAGAAAACGUACGGCAAAUUCUGCGGGCACCACAACGAGGCCGUCAAUUACUUCAAAGAUCUUUACACAAAGGACAAGCGCUUUCAGGCAUUUAUCAAGAAAAAAAUGAGCAGCUCCCUGGUGAGGCGUCUUGGGAUUCCUGAAUGUAUCUUGUUGGUAACACAGAGAAUUACAAAGUACCCAGUCCUUUUGCAAAGGAUACUGCAGUACACCAAAGAAAAUGAAGUGGAGCAUGAAGACUUGACUCAGUCAUUAAACCUUGUUAAAGAUGUGAUUGCUGCAGUCAACAGCAAAGUCAGCAAGUAUGAAAAGAAAAUGCGUCUUGGGGAGAUUUACAACCGGACAGACAGCAAGUCCAUCAUGAGGAUGAAGAGUGGCCAGAUGUUUGCAAGAGAGGACUUGACGCAUCGGAAACUCAUCCGAGAUGGGCCUGUUUCACUAAAAAACUCAGCUGGCCGAUUAAAAGAAGUCCAGGCUGUUCUCCUCUCUGACAUGCUCGUAUUCCUUCAGGAGAAGGACCAGAAAUAUGUCUUUGCCUCACUGGACCAGAAAUCCACUGUGAUCUCUCUGAAGAAGCUGAUUGUACGAGAAGUGGCCCAUGAAGAGAAGGGUUUGUUCCUGAUCAGCAUGGUUGGAAAGGAUCCCGAGAUGGUGGAAGUCCAUGCCAGCUCCAAAGAAGAGCGCAACGGCUGGAUACAGAUCAUUCAGGACACAAUGCACACCAUGGAUAGAGAUGAAGAUGAAGGAGUCCCCUGUGAGUCUGAGGUUGAAAAGAAGUUGUCCGAUGCGAAAGUGAGAGGGCUGAAAGAACAACUUCAGCAGAAGGAUAAACAGAUCCUGCUCUUGCUGGAGGAGAAGACGAAGAUCUUCCAGGACAUGGCAGACAGUUCUGUGCAGGAGGAGACAUCAGGCUCCAGGCUGCUCUUCAGAGCCAACACAGAAGAGGCUCCAAAAGGAGAGGAAAUCAUGAAAUCAGCAAUAAAUGAAAUUGAACUGCUGCAACACCUGGUGAACAGGAGCCUGGGCACUGCCCUUGGACAGCAGGUCAGCAGCACUGCCAUGGAUCAGGAGGGAGGAGUUGGCCCCAUCUCACUCCCUAGAAGGGCAGAAACUUUUGGAGGAUUUGACAGUCAUCAGAUGAACGCCUCCAAGGGUGGAGCGAAAGAUGAAGGCGAUGAUGCUCAGGACCUCCGGAGAACAGAGUCAGACAGCAUUUUAAAGAAGGGUGGAAAUGCUAAUUUGAUGUUCAUGCUGAAAAGGGAUAACGAGCAGGUCCUCCAAACCAUUACCAGCCUCCAUAAGCUGCUCACUGCUUUGCAGGUCGUGGUGCUGCAGCAGGACACCUACAUCGAGGACCAGAAGCUGGCUCUGAGCGAGAGGGCUCCGAGCCGAGGCUCCUCCCGGCCCACCUCGCUGCUGGAGCAGGAGAAGCAGCGCAGCCUGGAGAAGCAGCGCCAGGAGCUGGCCAACCUGAAGAAGCAGCAGACGCAGCACCAGGAGGAGAGGAGGAGGAGGGAGAAGGAGUGGGAAGUGCGUGAGAAGGAGCUGGCGGAGCACGAGGCCGAGCUGGCGCAGCGCGAGGAGCAGCUGCAGAGGCAGAGGCAGGAGCUGGAGCGGGAGCGGGAGGAGCUGCAGGUGAAGAAGGCGGCCUACCAGCUCGACCUGGAGAGGCUGCGCGCCGCCCAGAAGCAGCUGGAGAGGGAGAAGGUGCAGCUGAAGCAGGACGUGGAGAGAUUUGCUCAGAUGCGGCAGGAGCCCGACCACAACCAGGUUUCAAACCUACAUGAGAAACUUGCCAGAGUCUCCUCCCAGUGCAGCAUUCACGAAUCCUCCAUGCAGAAGAACCCUUCCCUUCCUAAACAAGGGCACUUUGAUGCAGAACUGUCUGUCUCCCCCAAAAGGAACAGUCUUUCAAGGACACACAAAGAGAAAAGCACUUUCCAUUUGCUUAGCACAACAAACCAGACUAACAAGGCAGCUGAGGAACAGACCCAGAUGCCUACUCGCCUCUUCAGUUUAGCCAAACCAAAGGAGAAGAAGGAAAAGAAGAAAAAGGGCAGGGGACAUCGCUCCCAGCAGUCUGAUUCUCACUCGUCAGAAGCACCUGCAGAGGGUGAGGAGAUCUUCUGCUGAGCAUGGACUGUUCCAGUGGUGGCACUGGCACCGUGGACAUCUCCCUGCCUGUGACACAGCACGCGGCUGGUGCCUGCACUGGACGAGCAUCUGGAGGUUUUAAAUAAAAAAAGAAAGUUCUGAAGUC